GCGCGUGGGGGCUACAACUCGUUGUGGUGCACGGGCUUCUCAUUGCGGUGGCUUCUCUUGUUGCGGAGCACAGGCUCUAGGCAUGUGGGCUUCAGUAGUUGUGGCUCGUGGGCUCUAGAGCGCAGGCUCAGUAGUUGUGGCGCACGGGCUUAGUUGCUCCGUGGCAUGUGGGAUCUUCCCAGACCAGGGCUCGAACCCGUGUCCCCUGCGUUGGCAGGUGGAUUCUUAACCACUGCGCCACCAGGGAAGUCCAGUUUGUAUUUUAAAAUGGGGAGCAAGAUCGUUAAUUUAAGUGCCCUUUGGCCUUAGUGCUCAGCCAAAGGAAUGGAAUCUUUCCAAGUCUCCAUUAACUUGUGGGGGGAAGGGGCUUUGUAAUCAGAGUAUUUCAACUAAUGAAAACUCUCCCAGAAACAGCUUGUUUAGCUAAUUUUUUUCUUCUCCUCACAACAGCAAAUCAUAAUUCCAAGAGGGAGUGAAAAUGUCACAUCGCUCAAGGCAAGACUGAAUCUGAUUUUUUUCCCUCUGGCUUUGGUCUCAGGAUGCUUCCCCAAAACAUGGUGGGAGGAAUCUUUCUAAACAAAGGGAUCCUUUUUGCUUUGUGAUAAGGCUUUUGUCUGGGCCCCUGAGCCCACAGGGCACCGGCUCAUGCGCUAGGAAUUUAGGGUGGCCUACCCCACACCCCUUCCUUCUUUCUCUAGAGUUCUCCACAGCAGGCUGGCAGGAGAUGGGGAGUUUAUGAGCCGAGCCGGCCCUGCUUAUCUCCCCAGGACAAAGCUCGACAGGCCUUUUAUUGCCCACUUUACUCCCUCUGCUGUGACCACCGCCUUCCGUAGGCACCAGGACACUCUCCCUGUCAGUGUGGACAUUCUUAGGGCAAAGCUGAUACUGAAUGCUGGCAGGAUGAUCUCAGGAGAGGCAAGUCCUGGCAGAGGCACCGAGCCCCGGAAAUGCCUGCAUCAGGCCCCGCUAGUAGCAGCAAAAGAACCUAAUGUGUGCGAAACGCUCAGAAAGCAGCAGGUCAGAUGCUGCAGGUGCAAAUCUGGAUUCCGGUCUCAGCUGACACCUCAGGCAGUUAUCGUCUCUGUGCCUCAGUGGCUUUAUCCAUAAAAUGGGAAGAUAAUGAGAAAAGCCAUUCUAAGAUUAACCUCUAGAAAGAUCCCACAACACGUCCAUCUCCCAACUGACUUGGGCAAACCUUCCUUCACCCAGAGCUGCUGGGGGAGGGGAUGCCUGAGUUUUGGGGAGACUCAGCUACCCAAGUCAGAGUGGAAGGGAUACCUCACAAAAGGAAGUGUAGUUUGUAGGGAAGCUGUUCAGCAUGGUGGUUAUUAGCACAGGCCAGUGGGUUCAAAUCCUGGUCCUGCUGUGACCUCCGGCUGAUCAUUUACCCUCACAGAAAACCGUACCUCCAUUUUUUCUUCAGUGAAACGGUAAUGGGACGUGCCCCAUACAGUGCUCUUAGGAUUAACCAACAAAAUGCACAGAAAGAAUAUCACUGUAUCCAGUACACGGAAUUACCUGGGGAUCGCGUUAAAAUGUAGGUUCGGAUCCUUCAUUGACGUCAGGGGUGGGGUGAGAUUCUGCAUUUCUCACCAGCUCCCUGACAAUGCUGAUGCUGUUGGUCCGUGGACCACACUUGAGUAUCAAGGCUGUAAGAAGAGGGAGGAUUUGCAGCCAACGGGCAUUUGGGGAGCUAGUUCAGCCUUGGGCAGGACCCUGGAGGUGUUUACCGUGGAGCAUUGGGAUGGCUGGGGAAUCACUAGACAAGGGGAGAAAUGUGAUGAGGGCAGCAAGUCUGCAAAGCUGCUUAGAAGAGGACAGGCUGCUACCAGGGCAGCUUUUCACAGCUGGGAUUUUGCAAAUAAAUUAAGACUUUUGGAACAUGAUUUGAGUGAUGAUGUUUUCAGUUCUCCCAAAGAUGAUACCACAUUGCUAGCACCGUUCUAGAAGCAUGGGGAAAAGGUUGAUUCAUAACAAGCAAUGGAUGUUCCAGGUUGUUAGGGCUUAAUACUUCUGGGGAAUUUAUUUAUUUAUGUAUUCAGUGAGCACCUCUAUGAUAUUUGCUACGUGCAGGCCUUAUUCUAAACCCACACUGUCCAGUUCCAUAGUCAUGAGCUACAUGUAUCCACUGAGCAUUUGAAAUGUGUCUCAUCCAAGUAGAGAUGUGCUGUAAAUAUAAAAGACACACCGGGUUUCAGAAAUUUAGUAUAAUAAAAAAUGUAAAAUAGCUCAUUAAUAAUUUUUAUAUUGAAUCACAUGUUGAAAUGACCAAACUUGGAUAUAUUGGGUUAAAUCAAGGAUCGACAAACUUUCUCUGUAAAGGACUAGGUAGUGAGUAUUUUCAGCUUUGUGGGACAUCCAGUCUCAAAUAAGCAAAUACUCAACUCUGCUGUUGCAGUGUAAAAGCAGCCAUGGCUGGUACAUAAACAAAUGGGUGUGGCUAUGUUCCAAUAAAACUUCAUUUAAAAAGACAGGUGGUGGGCUAGAUUUGACCCAUUGCCUGUAGUUUGCUGACCCCCUAUGUUAAAUAAAAUACAUUAUUAAAAUUAGUUUUACUUGUUUCUUUUUGCUUUUUAAUUAAUUUAUUUAUUUUUUGGCCGUGCUGCACGGCUUGUUGAACCUGGGCCACGGCAGUGAAACCGCCAAGUCCUAACCACUGGACUGCCAGGAAAUUCCCUCUUUUUGCUUUUUUAAUGUGGCUACUAGAAAAUUUCAAAUUACAAAUUGGCUCACAUGCUAUUCCUGUCGCACAGGGCCAAUCUAGGUGUUUUACAAGUAUUAACUCGGAGGGAUAGCUCUGUUGCCCUGGGAGAGGGGUGACUGUGUGUGUGUGUG